UUAGUCGGAAAUUACGACACAUUGUGACAUUUGCAGCCUUUUGGUGGGAAAAUGAGUAUGCACUGGCGCAUAUUAACGUAAAAUUAAAGUGUUUGAUAUGUAAAUUGAGAUAUCUACUGUAGCGAUAAAAGUAAUGGGUAUAUGUCAAGAAUAAAACAGCGUGCGAGAUUACCGCGCUGCAGCCUUUUACGAGUGUUGAAUGAUCCGACUAAUCUGGGAAAAGUUCACUGCCUUUUGUUUACUAGCAUGCUAUCUGGUUUGUCAGGAGUCCUAACGCUCACUGGCGACGUAGCUAGUUUACCUUAGUGCCACUGAAAGCAGUCUGAAGGGCUUUAUAAUUAGGUAACCGGACACGAUAGUACGUUGUGGCUUUAAAAACGCCCUGUCGGUAGAUUUGAGCGGGUAAAUAAUCACAUUCCGACUUGUCGAGACUCAACAACACAAACAUGCCAGAAAUCAAACUAAAGCAUGUCGUUUCUUGCUCCACCGAGGACAGUACUCAUAAAGCAGACAACCUACUGAGCUCAGACACAUACAGAAAGUGGAAAGCCGCAAGACCCGGUGAGAAGCAGACGUCGGUCAUCCUACAGUUUGAGAAGGAAGAGCAGGUCCACAGUAUUGAUAUUGGAAACGAAGGAUCAGCUUUCAUUGAGGUGUUGGUCGGGAAUUCAUCAGCUGUCAAAGACCAGGAUUAUGAGGUUCUUCUUGUCACAUCUUCCUUCAUGUCCCCCACUGAGAGUCGUAACGGCACCAAUAUGAACCGGGUCCGUUUCUUUGGACCCAACCAGUUGCAGAAGAGCACAGCUCAGGAGAAGUGGGAUAGAGUGAAAAUUGUUUGUACCCAGCCAUACAGCAAGAACAUUGCAUAUGGGCUUGCUUUUGUCAAGUUCCACUCACCACCUGAUAAAACCGAUCCUCCAACUUCCUCCCCUAAAGUGACAAAGCUGGGACAGUUCAGGGUAAAAGAUGAGUCUCCUUCAUCUGGCCCCAGUCUUCAGCCUGGCAGUCUCUUCUUCAAUCGAGACAAUGCAACAAAGCCAAGCACUUCAGUCAAAGCCUCUCCCCUGAGUGACAAGCUGAGCUACGCUGCUGCUGCUCUGCAAGCAGGAGGCAGCUCUCAAUCAUCAGGUCAAACCUCCACCUCCAUCUCUGCCUCACCACAGCCACCAGCAAAAAGGAAGUUUGAGUUUAGCAAAGAGCGACAGUCUGCCCCUAAACCUCCUCCGACAAAGAAAAUGAGUCCGGCUGCCUCGCCAGAGACCAAAACUGCAACUCCUAAAUAUAAACCAAGCCCGGUUAGCACGCCUAGCCCAAGCAAUGCCAAAGCGUCAUCAGCACAGAAAUCUGCUGAGAAGAAGAAGGAGAGCCAGCCCAAACCGGAACCCAAACCGAAGACAAAGCCUAAGAGCGAGCAUGAUGUCCCAUUUAAUCGGAUCCUGGAGGGGGUGGUGUUUGUUCUGAGUGGCUUCCAGAACCCUUACAGAGGGGAGCUGAGAGAGAAGGCGAUAGAAAUGGGAGCCAAGUAUCGGCCCAACUGGACACCUGACUCCACACAUCUUAUCUGUGCCUUCGCCAACACGCCCAAGUACAGCCAGGUGAAAUCAGCAGGCGGUAUCAUCGUUCGGAAAGAAUGGGUGAUGGACUGCCAUAAGAAGAAACAGAAGAUCUCAUAUAAAUGCUACUUGAUGGAUGGAGCCGAGUCAAGCUCGGAGAGCGAAAUGGAGGUCGACGACCAGAGUGAAGAGGAAAUGGAGACAAAGACUCCACAGAAGCAGGAGAGACAAGUCACUCCAAAAAAGACACCAGAGAAAAAUGAUGAGGAUGAUGAAUUUGGGGGCUCAACUGAUGUGGAUGAACCAGGAGAAGAUGAACGUGAUGAUGAAUCUGGAGUGGAUACAGAAGAUGAGCUGCAGAGGGUGGAGAGCAGGCAGAAGAAAGCAGCUGGGGAAGAAUCAUCGGUAAAAGAGGAGGACCCGUACAGUGGGUCGACGGAUGAAAACACAGACGCUGAAGCAGAAGAGGAUCAUCCUAUCCCUGAGCUGCCAGAUUUCCUCAAGGGAAAGCACUUUUUCCUUUAUGGAACGUUCCCAAACAACGAGAGACGACUACUUCUGCGGUACAUCGUUGCCUUUAAUGGUGUGAUCGAGGACUACAUGUCGGAGAAAGUGCUGUUUGUUGUGACCAGUGAAGGAUGGCACGAGUCCUUUGAAGAUCCACUGGGUCUCCCAACACUUCAGUCAAGAGGAUUAGAAGGAUGGUAUGUGGAUGAGAGAUGGGGAGGUAGGAGAGUUACAGGGGAGACUGAAAGCAGGAAAGAUGAAAAGGUCUAAAUUCUCAGCCAGGAUGCAUUUUUAAAGCAGCCGAGUAUUUGAUUGUCUGGUUGUAUUUUUUAGGUGAGGGCUCUUCACACACACAUACAGCCAAGAGUGUAGUAUGUUUUAGCUGUUUCCUUCUUUUGUGCUCCGGUUUGCUUUUCAUGAUGGGCUGAGUUUAGGGUCAAACUCAUUUAUGUGCUAAAGUUAGAAAAUGUAAUGCCUGUAAAGGUGUUAGCCAAAUGCGCGGCCUUUUUUAUUUAAACUCAUUUCCAUCACCUUGGUGACAGGAAGUGUGAGCUGCUUCGAAUUUGUUUUUUUUAAGUAGCACUUUCCUCCUCAUGCUUGGCACCUCAAUUUGUUCACACAAGAUUUAUUCUUUGCUUGUCACAAAUUGUAUUCCCCUUGUGAAGCUUAGCAAUGUCUGUAUGAGAAAAACCUUUUGGCAACGGUUACAUUUUGGUUGACUCAUACAUCCUAAGCAUCUUUACUCAUGAUAAACAGAUUGUUGCACCUUGAGCAGACAGGCUUUUGUUUUGUUCCGUUUUCUUUCAAAUUAUAUAUACCGUAUAUAUAUAUAUAUAUAUAUAUUUUUAUUUUUUUUACUUUUACCUUUUUAUGUUGCAUUUUUUUUUUAUUAUAACAACUGUAUUAUAAUUGUUUUUGAGUUAUAUUUAUUUGACUUCAAGGUUUGUUUCUAGUGGUUCAUAGUAUGUGUUCAUCUGCCUUGCUACUGCAAGACUCCCUCAGAGAUUUUACUACAUCUAGAUACCCUGUAUGGCUGACAGUAUUCCCUUGUCUGCCUUUACACACAUGAACUUGAGUCAUCUCCUAUUCUUGGUUUCAAUAUGGUGUCCCUUUGCAGCUAAAACGGCUACAGCUCUUCUAGGGAGGCAUUUUCCAAGGUGUACUUGUCUGUUUAUGUAAAUAUUUGCUUCUUUUUUUUUCUUCAAAACGCAUAUUUGUGAGGUCAGACACUAGUGUUUUAUGAGAUGGCGUGGCUCCCACAAUUUUCUCUGAAUCAUCCCAGAGGUGUUCUUUUGUAUUGAGAUCAGAACUCUUUGCAUGCCAUUAAAGUUCU